AUGCAAUAUAGAAUUAAUUUAUUCAAAUAUUUUGUUCCUUGGAAACCUAUUAUUUCAUCAUUUAUAAUAUUCAAAGGAGUAUUUGAAUUAUAUUCACAUUUAAGACAAUUUAGAUUAAUUUCGAAAAAACAAGAUGUUUCAAAAUUUGGAUUUGAUCAACUGAAAAUUGAACAAGGUAAAGUAUAUUCCAUAGACAAAUUAAAAUCUAGUGCUUUGGGAAUAGCUUAUGAAACAAUUAUUAGAUUAAUAACUAUAAAUUUCAAUAUAUAUUCAAAAAUAUGGACAUUUGCUGGUUCAUUUUUAUCACAAAUGGUUCCCACAACUACAUCACUUUAUCUUAGUCAAACUGUUUUAUUCAUGACAAUAUCUAGUUUUUUAUUACUUAUAUUUGUUAAAUUACCAAUUAAUUAUGUAGAUAAUUUUUUUAUUGAAAAAAAAUUUGGUUUUUUCAAAGCAACCGUUGUCAAAUGGAUUGGAUUUGAAUUGUUUAUGGCCAUCAUACAAUUAAUUAUAGAUGUUUCAGCUAUUAUUGUUUUACUUAAAGCCUAUCAAUUUUUUAAUUAUAAAAUUGAAGUAUUUAAAUUACUGGUUAUAUUAUUUUUAUUAGUAUGUUUUAUUAUAUUCAUUUACCCAACAUUAUCAAGUUUAUUUAGUAAUCAAAAAGAAUUACCAGAAAAUGAAUUAAGAAAUUCAAUUGAAGAAUUUACUAUAAAACAAAAUUUUAAAUUAAAAAAUAUUUAUAUUGAAACAUCAUCAACUUCUUCACAUUUGAAUGCAAGUGUUGAAGGAAAUCCCUUCAAGGGAUCAAUUUAUAUAGGUGAUACAUUAAUUAAUUCAUUUUCACAACAAGAAACAUUAGCUGUUAUUGCCCAUGAAUUAGGUCAUGUUAAAUUUUAUCAUAAGAUUAAAGGAACGGGAUUAUUUUUAAUUGAAUGGGUAGUUUUACUUUCUUUAGGUAAAUUACUUUAUGAAAAAGAUUCAAUUUAUACAAAUUUUGGUUUUAAAAAUAAACCAAUUUUCAUUGGAUUUUUAAUAGUAAGUCAAAUUUUAAUUCCUUUUGAUUUAGUAUUUAAAAUUUUGAAAAAUAAAAUAGCUCAAAAUUUUGAAUAUCAAGCUGAUAUAUUUGCUGUUGAUUGUUGUUAUGAUGAAUCUUUAAAAAAAGCAUUAAUAAGAUUAACUGAUCAAAAUUUAUCAACAACAAGUAAUGAUUGGUUAUAUUCUUAUCUAUAUUUGACACAUCCUAGCAAGAUCGAUCGAUUAAUCAACAUUGACAAAAAUGGAAUUAAAUAA